CCAACAAGCAGCUACAUCCAUUUUAAUAUCACUACUAUCCAAGUGGUCGCAGGUUUCCGAACAUGGAAAAACUUCCCUCAAACCCAGCGCUCGAAUUUAAUCCGAACCAAUUACAUGAAGUGAGGGUUCUGAAUGGCUAUGAAGAUGCGAAGCAAAUGAGUCAAGCCAUAGAUGCGCUCGAUGAUUGGAUUAAAAAGCAAAAUCAUUUCGCUUUCAAGGAUUUUGAUCGAGAUUAUUUAGAACGCCAGAUCAUUAACAACAAGGGUUCUGUAGAGCGUGCCAAGCAGCGUUUGGACAGAACCUGCACUCUACGGAACCUCAUGCCUGAAUUCAUGUGCAACAUUGAUAUUUUGAAUGAAUUCCAGAAUUUACGUAAAAUUUUACAUAUUUGUUCCUUCCCAAAACCUACAAAGGAUAACUACAGAGUUGUAUAUGAAGCGUUCAUUAAACCUGAUGAUAGUUACAAUGUACUGCAUACCUUCAGAUACACGUAUUGGAUCCUUCAGUAUAGUCUCUUCAACGAGUAUUGCGCGGGUAUUGAAUGCAUUAUCGACCUGAGAGAGUACAGCUUUAGUAUGUUGAGCACAUUAAGCUAUUCCGACAUGCACAAAGGCAUUAUGAUGCUGAUGCAAACUUUCGGCAGCAGAUGUAAAUCGCUUCACGUCAUAUUUUCGAAUAAAGUCCUAGAUGGACUUAUGAUACUAUUACGGAAGUGUUUGAGCGAAAAGUUGAACAAGAGGAUACACGUGCAUAAUUCCUAUGAGACCAUCUGCCAAGUUAUAGACAAAUCUGUAUUACCAGUCGAUAUUGGCGGGGAAUACAAGAAGACUGUAAAUGAAAUAAGUGAUGAAUUCUUCAAGGAACUCUGCACCGAAUCGAACCAGACGCGGAUCAGAGGUUUGGACGCAGCUGUGACUAUUGAAUCCCAAAGAUUAAAAGCUUCAUUCAAUGAAGAGUAUUCCGGCAUGCCUGGCUCUUUCAAAACUUUGUGCGUUGACUAAAACCAC